UGCCACGACGAGUAUCUUCCUUCUGACAAUUUUGAGAGGACUCUAGCAAGCAGUAUGCCAUUCCUCUCAUUCCAGACUCUCUUUUCUUCAGGUCUCCCAUCUCCCAAUCCACAGACCCGCAAGCCGCCCCGCGCUUUGAAGACUCUCCAGCAUCCCUCCGCAUUCGCCUAAAAAGCUAGGGCGUCUUCUCCGCAAAGACAGCCAUGUCCUUCCCCGGGCUCGGUCGACAUCUACCAUGUUUGGAACUCUGUUUUCUCUCCCAUUCGUCCAGCGCCAGCCCGGCAAUCUGAACUAACCCUUUGACUUGCCUGAGAAAGGCAAACUUUACUCCGUCACCAGGACGCCGCGAUCCGUGCCUUGACCCAAAGAAGCGGACACGAAUCUGCCUUAACUAGAUGAAGCAACUCCAGAGCCGAAGGUAGGUCUUUUUGAUCCAGGGAAGCUUUUCUCAUGCAAAGAGCACUCGAGCAUUCCAGAGCUAUAAACACCAUGAGCUUCUGUCUAUGCCAUGAUGCAACAGUCUUGUCUGUCCUCGAAGUCCUCGCAUUCGGGCAUCCCCUUCUGCCCGCCAGCCGUUGUCAUUUUGUUACUUGGACUAUAAACCAUACUUUGGUGUGAUCUCAUCUCUGGACCUCCUUUUGUGCAAUUGAAGGGCGCACACCUCAGACCUUUGAGCUUCCAAAAUGCGCCUCUUCUCACUCAUCGCCGCGGGCAUCAUGUUGCAUUGGCGACUGGCGACCUCGCAAGAGCUAUCGGAUAUCCCUGUGUGCGCUCAACAAUGCAUCGUUACCGCCAUCACCGACACAAGCUGUACCGUCACAGACGCGCAUUGUAUCUGUGCCAAAGACUCCUUCACCACUCAAGUGGCAGGCUGCAUUCCGAGUGCCUGCAGUGCUUCGGACCAGGAAGCUACCCUCACCUUCAUCCAGAAAUACUGCGCCAAAGUCGGCGUCACCGUGACACUACCCUCGUCGAGUGAAUCUGCUUCUGCUUCUGCCUCGGCCUCAUCCAGCACAGCCAGUACAGGUGAUAGCGGUUCAUCUUCGUCUGGCUCUGCGGCUGCAUCUGCAACAUCAUCAGGCUCCGCGGCUUCCGGCAGCAGCAGCAGCAGCGGCUCGGCUUCUGCGGCCGUUUCCCCCGCGACAUCAUCUGCGGCCGCCGCGGCGCCUGCCAGAGUGUCGGGCCAAGAAUGGGCUGGCCUGAUGGGCAUGUUGGGCCUCGGAGUGGCAGCCGUACUGUAGUAGAUGGAAUAGUGGUGCUACCACAGAGAGUAGCUUGGUCUAAAUCCCCAAGCCACUGAGCAAUGUACAUAGGAUGCGAAUUAAACAUCUAGGAAUCCACACCCUGCAAUGAAAGGUCCAGUCCUCAGCUGUUGAGCCCCGCUGGAGGCAGAGGGUCGGGCCGUUGCGGCUGAUCCAUCAGCAUUCAUAAC